AUGGGUAUAUAUAAAACUGCUAAUGAUAUUGUUAGUUCUAUCGAAUCUAUACUUGAAGAAUUUGGUCUAGAAAGAAGUAAAAUAUUAAGUAUAACUACAGAUAAUGGCUCUAAUGUUAAAUUAGCUAUUAUACGAUUAUCAGAAAGACUUUUAGUCUCAAGCCUAAUUGUUAAUAUUUUUUGUGCUAUAUAUAUGUUGCAGUUAAAUAUUGAAGCAGGUUUGGAGUUCAAUGAAUUAAACAGAAAUACAAGUCAAGUUGAAAAUGAUACAAGCUCACCUAAAGAAGAGGCUGCAAAAGAGACAAAAUCAGCAAUAAAAAACCUUUUCUUCUCAGUUUGGCAGCAGUAUAAUAAAUAUGUAAAGCAAACAACAAUUAACAAAUAUCUUAUGUUUCCUGAAAUUGAACUAACAGAAACAAAUGAUCUAUUUUUUUGGUAG